AUGGACCCUCAACUUGGUACUGCCAUUGGUUUAUCUGAAGGUCAAAAGGUCAAUGUUGAAUUCUGUCGCAAUGUGCCCGAAUGUACUACGGUAAAUGUAGAACCUCAUACUGAAGACGACUGGGAAAUACUGGAAUUACAUGCUGGUUAUGUAGAAGAAAAUCUACUUAGUCAAAUCCGAGUGGUAUAUACAAAUCAGUUGAUGUGUGUUUGGAUUCAUGGGAAGACAUUGGUGCGUUUACGAGUGGCCGAACUCAAUCCAAGGAAUGAAUUUGUCAAGUUGACUACAAAUACUGAAGUGAUUGUUGCUCCCAAAGUACGUCAAUUGACAAAAGCCUCUGAUUUAGCUGCCUCUGCUCAAUUCUCCUCAGCAAAGGACCAAAAGAUGUCCACUCCUCAUAUUUGUUUACGGAACUUGUCUGAUACACCUGAUAUAGUUACUACUCCCAUGUCCGUGAUGAUACACCCUGAUGAUCUUUCUGGUGUCAGUCAAGGUCUAGUGCGAUUAUCCAAAGUGAUUCCUGUUUCUACUACCGACAAUGAUGAAGAUAAAGAGAAUACGAUGAUCGAUGAUGAUCUCUCGUCUCCUGCCAAGUUUGUCUACGCUUUUCUAGAAAUCAGUACUACUAUACCUCGUUAUCAUGUAUCUUUAGGAUCUGUCAUCAAAUCAACUCUGGACUUGGACGAUUUUGACAUUGUUAGGUUGGCUGCUGUAACAGUAAGGAAAUCGACUCCUGGAUCUCUAGUGUUUAGACGUUUCGUCACUUCUCAAGCUUCUAAUUCUACUUUAAAGUUUGACUUGGAUUCCAAUCAAAAUCAAGCUCAGGAAAAGUCUCAAAAAGAAAAGAUAUUAUCUCAGGAAUUGAAAAAGGUAUUGUCAAGCAUGGCCGUUCAAGAUAGUAUAGCAUUGACUCAGGGACUUGUAGUAUCUCUUAGUGAAGGAAAAGGCCUUAUUCAAUUUGGGCAAAAGAAACGACUUUUUGGUGUUCUAGGUAACGGUAGUUCUCCGUCUGAUCAUUCUACAGAAUUAUACACAACAUUGUCUUCGACUCAAGUGAAGGAUCUUCAAAUUGAUAUUGGUGAAGAUAUUACCAAAAUGGAGGAUACAAAUAAGACGAAAAAGGCACCAUUACGUUCUUCUGAAAUGGGUGGAAUAGAAAAAAUCUUCAAACGAUUAUACCAUUAUACUAUGGCCAACAUUACCAAAGGGGAUUUGAAAAAUGCCCUUGGUGUACCGGGAUCUGGAGGUGUUUUGGUGACUGGAGCUCAUGGAUCUGGCAAGACGGAAUUAAUUCGAAAAUUACUUUAUACUGCAAGAACAGAUCGAUCAUCGCUGACAUAUACUUUGGAAGUAAAUUGUGCUGAAAUUGCUGAUGAACGGAUUCCAAACUUGAAGGAAAUGCUUCAAAAAUGGUGUGAUGAAGCUGCUUGGCAUGCACCUUCUAUUCUCUUCUUUGAUGAUAUUGAUCGAUUGAUUCCCGCUGAAGUGGAACAUGCUGAUUCCACACGAUCAAGACAUAUUGCCGAAUUAUUUACACAAGUGAUUUUGACAAUGACCAAACGACAUUCCAUCAUGGUGAUUGCCACUUCUCAACAACAAUCUAUUCAUCCAUCUUUGAUCACGAAUCAUGUAUUUAGUGAAUUACGACACUUGAACCCUCCUUCCCGUGAUGAACGAAAACAGAUUAUGCACUCCAUUAUGGCUCAAGGAUCUAGUGUUUUGACAAAGAGUUUGCCAAAUAUUGAUCUUGUCUCAGUGGCUUCUGAAACUGAAGGAUAUUUGGCUGCAGAUUUGAAAGCAUUGAUUGAACGAGCAGUUCAUGAAGGUGCUGUACGUAGUAUCAAAGAAAAAAUGGGCGACAAUAGGCUAGAACAAGUUGUGGAUACUGAUGAUCAACAAGUACAACAAUCUCUUCAAUUGAUUCAACAAGAUUUCACUCAAGCACGUGAAGGGUUUGUCCCAUCUUCUCUUCGUGGUGUCAAGUUGCAAAGUUCUGGUGUUAAUUGGUCAGAUAUUGGUGGUUUGAAUGAAACUCGACAUGCUCUUUUGGAAACUCUUGAAUGGCCUACUAAGUAUGCAUCUGUUUUUGCUCAAUGUCCACUCCGUCUUCGAUCAGGUGUCAAGGGUCCAGAAAUUCUCAACAAGUAUAUUGGUGCAAGUGAAAAAUCCGUCCGUGAUCUAUUUGAGCGUGCCUCCGCUGCUAAACCUUGUGUACUUUUCUUUGAUGAAUUUGAUUCUAUUGCACCAAGACGAGGUCAUGAUAGUACUGGUGUAACAGAUCGUGUCGUGAAUCAAAUGUUGACUCAAAUGGAUGGUGCUGAAGGAUUGGAUGGUGUCUAUGUUUUGGCAGCUACUAGUCGACCUGACCUUAUUGAUCCAGCCUUACUUCGUCCUGGUCGUCUUGAUAAAGCACUUUUAUGCGGUAUGCCAAACUUUGAUGAACGUUUAGAGAUUCUUCAAGCGCUCUCUCGAAAAAUGACGCUGGCAUCAGAAGUGGAUUUGAAGGAAUAUGCUAAAAAAACAGAAGGAUUUUCCGGAGCAGAUUUGCAAGGAUUUCUUUACAAUGCUCAUUUGGAAGCGAUUCAUGGUACUAUCAAUAUUGACAGCUUCAAGGAACAACAAAAGAAAGAAAAGGAAGUAACGGAAAAUAAUGAAGAAAUCAAUGGUGAUUUUGUGAUGAUUGGUGGUCACGAUGGCGAUUCCGGCAAAACAAAGACACCUUUGACACUUGCUGAAAAAGGACAAAUAUCCCAACGAUUGACUAUGAUUAAGAAAGGGAUCAAGGGAAACAAUAAUAAGAAGAACAAUGUCAAGAAGGCUAAAGUAGUUGAACAAGAGGUUGCGAUGAUCACGGUUGGAUAUCUAGAAAAAUCGUUGAAAUCUACUCGACCUUCCAUUACGGCUGAAGAAUAUAUGCGACUUAAAUCUAUCUAUGAUGAAUUUGUGACUGGACGUACUGGUGAAUUACCCUCAGGUGAAGGUGCAAAAGGAAUUGGAAAACGAUCGACUUUAGGAUAG